AUGUGGCCAUUUGAAAGGCAAGGAGGGAGUGAUAUUGUCAUUAUUGCGAGUACAGUCUCGCUCGCUGUGGACGGCUACGAUGCGGCCUUGGAGAGGAUAUGUCCACUCCUGGCUGCUUGUGUGUGUGAUCAGUCUAACAAUAUAUUACAGCUUCUGGCAGCACGGGAAUGCGGUGCCGAUAUGGGUUUCUUGGAGGCUAUUGAAACGGAGGAGCAGAUUAAGAACGCGGUCAAGGUUCUUGCGCCGAUGCCUCUCAUGGUGAAUCUAGUUUCCAACGGCAAGACAGCAUGGUUCUCUCUGGAGCAGCUGGGCGAGUGGGGAGUCAAGCUGGCUAUCUACCCCGGUGUGGCCGGAAAGUCCGUUUUGCACACCAUUCGCCGGGCCUACAAGUAUCUCAUGGAGACUGGUAAGGAUGAUGCAGCGACACAAGGGCUGGACCCCAAGGGAUUCUUCGAUGUGAUGGGAUUGCAACGGAGAUGGAGAUUGAUCGCCUGCCAGGGGGGGGGGGGGGGGUGUCAUUUGCGAAUUGGGCAUAGGCGUGAGAUAACAGGACGGCUACAAUGA